GCAGAUGAGUAGGGAAGAAUCAAAGCCAGCUCCACCACCACCUGCAGCAUCAGCACCAAAGCCCCCGCAGCCCAAGCAGCAGAUGCCCCCCUCCGUACCGGCAGCCAAGAAGCCCUCUCCAUCUCCCUCUCCCCCUCAGCUGCCCUCCAGGGCUCUACCCCCCUCCCCAAAACACGAGCCUGCACCGGAGGAAGAGGAGCAGCCGGAGUACGAGGAGCCCCCCUGUCUACCCCACCGCCCUACAGACCUCCUAGAGGAGGCCGAGGCAGCUGCACAGCCUCCCGAGCUGGAGGACGAUGCUGAGGGGGAGUACGAAGACGUCGGGGGCCCCUGCAACCUCCAGCCUGAGGAGGAAGAUGAGGCCGAGUAUGAAGACAUCGGGGUGGCCUGUGCCCCACCAGUGCCAGCCGGUCAUCACCAUGCAGAGGAAGAGGAGGAUGGUGAGGCAGAGUACGAAGAUAUUGGCCUGGCUAAAGCUCAAGCUGAAGAUGAUAAUGAAUACGAAGAGCUGCCAGCUGGGACCACAGCCACUGCCCUGUAUGACUACGAAGGCCAGGACGACGACGAGAUCUCGUUCGACCCCGGUGACGUCAUCACCAACAUCGAGAUGAUCGACGAGGGCUGGUGGAAAGGCACCUGCAAGGGCCGCACCGGCCUCUUCCCAGGAACCUAUGUUGAACUCAAGUGACCUCCACCACAGGGCCGCUCGACCACUGGCCAUUUCUGUGCCAUGAUUCAUUCACAUUUUGGUCUUAAAAACUGAUAUUUGCACUUUUUAUUUGUAUUUGUUUUAAUCUGAGAAGAAAUAUGGAAGAUUAAAUUAUAUUUGCGCAGGAUUCUUAUUCAGAGCACUUUGAUAAGAAUAACUGUAUAUUUUUAAUAUAGACAGCAGAGCGUUUUGGUCUAUAAUGUGGUCAGUGAGUAUGAAAGCACUGGAGAUGACAAUUCAAUUCAAUGUGUAAGAUUUUUUAUAUAUAUCAGCAAUAGUUAACAAUACUCCCUGUACAUUGUGUUUAGUCAUAAAAUGAAGGGUCAACUCAGGGAAAAGGAAAUCUUAUUGUGCAUAAGCAUCACAUGGUUUUGCAGUUGCCAUCCCAACUACACGCAUUCUAUGAACUUUUUAUACCAGUACAAUGUCAACUUUAAUACUGCCAUGGUAUUUCGAAGGGCAAAAUGUUGUUUCUCAGUUAAACAAAGGCUUGUGAUAAGACAGACUGAAGCUACAUUAUGUCGGCAAGAAGACAAUGGAAACCCAACAUGGCUGUUAUGUACACAUCAAGGUGAUGUACAACUCACUCAGAAAAAAUAAAAAUAAAAUAUCCAUGUAUACCCAAUACAUUUGAGAGCAAUGUUUCAACAUCCGCACAUCUCAUAUUUACAUGUCCUGCAUUCAGAGGACACACAAGGCAUGAUGAGAGUACAUCACAGUUUGCCUUUUCCACAAAGGCAGUCCUUACAGCAAAUUGUGCAGGUGUCAUGCUCAAAAGCGACUGCCGCCAGAAAACAACUGACUUCAUAGACUGCCUCCCCCCCUGUA